AUGGAUGCCUGGCUGGGGGCACUUCAGAAGGAGCAAGAUGGUCUUAGUCAGUCCACUGGGGCAAACGGAGGGGCAGCAGAGCAAGCGAAAAAGGAACAGGAAGAGGACUCUGUCGUGAGAGAAGCACGCUGGCCACAUAACUUUCAGGAGUUGGAAGAGCAGGGGAAGAUUAUGGAUGCCUGGCUGCAGACGUUUCAGAACGAGCAAGGUAGACUUGGUCAGUGCACUGGGGCAAACGGAGGGGUAGGAGAGCAAGCGGAAGAGGAGGAGGAUGAGGAAGAGGAGGAGGAAGAGGAAGAGGAAGAGGAAGUGGAAGUGCAAUUGGAAGAGAACGAAGAAACCCGCUUCUCACGGUCCUUUCAGAAGUUGGAAGAGUGGUUGAAGACUAAUGCGAUGCUGCAGCAGGCACCCUGCUCUGGCGUCCGGAUCCACCAGAGUGAACCAGGUCAGCCUGAUGUGACAGACGGAGUGGCAGCAGAGAAGUUGGAAGAGCUGCAACAGGCACCCUGCUCUGGGUUCCAGAUCGACCAGGGGGAACCGGGUCAGCCCGAUGGGACAAACGGAGCGGCAGCAGAGAAAGCAAGAGCUGAAGAAAGCCCGAAGCAGCUCCAGCUGCUGUCUCGGGCAGGCACGGUUCAUAACUUGCAUGUAACGGGUGGUUGGGAUGCGUUGUUUGAGACGUCUCAAAAGGAAAGCCCGAAGCCGCGUCAGCUGCUGUCUCGGGCGGACAUGGUUCACUACUUGGAUGUGACGGGUGCAUGGGAUUACGAUCUAUGCGAGUGCUGCUUUGACCGUGCUAUAAGCAAGAGGGCACAACGAGCACUUGCCAUAAAGAGCCUGGACGACGUGCAUGGCCGCCACCUGGGCAGGCACCAGCCAGAUUGCAUCCCCGCCGCAGCACCCGAGCAGCAGCAGGAGGCCGAUUUCAGGUGCUUUAGUGGAGCAACGGAGCUGCAGGUGCUGCGAGGGGGGCGCAGACUCUCGGCGCAGGAGCAGGUUGAAUGGAAGGAGGAGUGGGCGCCUUAUUACUGUGCGGAAGCGAUGCUGCUUGAGUGGAUGGCUGAGCCUCGUGUGGGCGUGCUCAUGGACCUUGGGAGGAUUAGAUCCCGCCUGCCAUCCAUUCUGGGUAGUGCGAACGCUGCAGCAGAUGCGUUCUCGUCUCCUGUUGCAUCUGCUCCAGCUUUUGCUGCUGCUGCUGCUGCUGCUGCUGCUGCUCCAGCUUCUGCUGCUACUGCUGCUGCUGCUGCAUCUGCUGCUACAGCGUCGUCGUGCUGCUGGCGCUGCAGCAGUUGCUGGGCUGCCUACCGCCGCGCUGUCAACUUCGCAACAUGCCUCGUUCUUGUAGCGAAGUCUUCCCGCAUUGUGACUCUAUGGAGAGCCCACCUGUACUCCUAUUUGGCCGCCUGGCCAGCUAUUCUGGCCCAGCUGGGGGCGGGCAGGCAAAGGGAAGACGACUGCCUUGCGUCCAUGCUGGCACAGGUCCUUGGGGUGAAGGAGAGCGCUGACCUGCAGGAAGGGUUUGGGUUUUUUGUGCAGCAUGUGCUGUCAGGCGGGCUGGAGAAGGUGCAUGGAGAGGGGAGGGAGGGAGAUAGGGAAUGUGAGGGUGUGGGAGAAGGUACUGAAGAGGAGACAGGGAGGGAUGGGGUGCUGGAGCGCGAUGAGAGGCACGGGGAGGAGGAGGCAGAGAGCAAGGUAGAGGUUCAAGGGGUUGCGAGGAAGUGUAGAAGGGUAAGGAAAGACGUGAACUGGAGGGAGAAUCUAAAAGGGCUCGAAUGGAGGAGGUAUGUGGAUGGCAUGGCUUGGAUUUUGGAGCAUGGAGGGGGUGAAGGGAGGGAGUUCAGGUGCAGCCAAUGCAUUGAGGGAGGCAGCAGCAGCAGCAGCAGCAGCAGCAGCAGCAGCAGCAGCGACGGGGGCAGUGGCAGCAGCAGCAGCAACGACAGUGGUUCUGGGGCCAGCAGUACGGGCAGCGGUCCUCCCAAGGGCAUGCACGUGAGUGGUGUAGGUGCGACCGAGUUCGCCCUCGCUGUCACCACAGCUUUGCUGAAAGCAGAGCACUGGAAGGAGGCACAGUUGUUUGGCGCCAUUCCCAAGCCUCUGGAGGGAAGCGGCGUUCCGCUGGAGUGGGAGGAGUGGCCUGGGGGCGAUGAAGCUGCUGCGAAGUUUCCUGUCAACCCGAAAGAGCGAUGUUUUGGGCUUGGGAUUGUGGAGGAGUGCGGUGGACCAGCAGAGAAGCGGACAUCGCCUCAACCUCCUCGGCACACAUCUGAAGCAGCGGGGGAAAGCAGGAGUGCACGGGGAAAAGGUUGUAAGGCAGCAGGGCAGGAGUGCAGUGUGGAAGCCACACAGAGCAGAGCCAGUGGGAAAAUUGCUGAAGCACCUGGAAACGCCGAGCAGAGAGUCACACUACCACCCCCCAGAAGGAAGCUUCCUAUCGUGCGCUGCGAGGCAGAUGUGGAGUUGCUGGUGGGGCUAGCCGGGUACGUAUUGGACCCUCCUGCAUGCGCCCACUGCACCCGCUGCUCCACUGACUUCAUGAAUUUCGCAUGCUCCGUUGCUGUCAUUGCCAAUUUUGCCUACCGCCCCGUUAGUCACCUUUUCGCCCGGGUUCUCUCGGCGUUCCCGCCGGCCUCCCCUGAGUUUGUUAAGGUGGUGGAGUGCUUGGACCUCCCUGCUCCCCUGCCUGGGCCUGUGAAUGUGCGCAUGCUGCUGGAGCGAGCCGAGCAGGUGCCUCUUUACUUCCUCAUUCACAUGGCUGUGUGGUGCGCGCACGCUCUUUUAAAAAACGAUAUGGACGAGCGGGAAGGCAGUGGAAAAGGGAAAGGGGGCACAGGUGGGAGGUUGGGGGUGCAGAGCCGCUGGGAUGGUGAGGAGGGUCAGGAGAACGGUGGAGAGGUGUGGGAGGAGGUGGUGAUGUGGUAUUCCUCGGUGAUAGCUGCGUGGAGGUUCAAUGUGGGGGCCAAGGGAGAGAGCGAGGAGUGCAGAGGAGGCAGCAGGAAGCAGGAGAGACCAGCAAGGGGGUGGGACAUUACAUGGAUUCUUGAGGCAGCGAUCGACCCGAGGUACUGUGAGGGGUUGCAGGGGCAGCGUGGGACUCCAAAGGAGAGGAGCACUGGCAGCAGCAGCAGCAACUGUAAAUGGGCGGGUGGCAGCAGCAGCAACCGCAGUGAGAAGAAGUGUAAGAAGGGGGAGGAGCCGGCGCAUCUGAAGGCAUGGCCGGGGGGGGUCAACCUGGUGGCAUGUCUGCGAGAGAUGCUGCUGGGGGAGGCCUGCUACCGCCCUGCCUCCCCUGCUACUCCUCCUGCUGCCACGUCCACCCGUGCUGCUUCUUCCACCUGUCCUGCUGCUGCUGUGUCUUCUCGUCCUGCUGCCUCGCCCAACCCCACUUCAACAAGCAUUGGUGUUCCUGCUGCUUCUUCCGCUGCUGCUGCCGCUGCUUCAGAUGACCAAGGCCGUGUGUGCGGUGAUGCGGGGUGUGGGAGUGUGGAGGGUGGUGGUGGUGGGAAGCUGAGGAGUUGCGGUGGGUGUGGCAAGGUGAGGUAUUGCAGCAGAGACUGCCAGAAGGCGCACUGGCCCUCCCACAAGCUCACAUGCGCGGGCAGGACCAGCGGGAAGAGGCGUGGGAAGGAUGGGAACCGAGAUGGGUGCGAGAAAAUCCGCAAGGAGAGUGUUUGUGAGGGUAGUGGUGACAGUGAUGGUAAGGAAAGCGUUUCCUGCGGUGGCAAGAUGGCUACAGCAAGCGCUCCUAUCGUUUGGAAGGAGGCCCUCAGCUUGACAAAUCUGGGGGUCAAUCAACGGUUCAUCAACUUCACUCAUGUCACGAUGGAGUCCGAUAAGUAUAUCUGUGUCAGGGAAACGGCUCCGUCGAACAGCGUUGUCAUCAUUGACAUGACGACGCCAAUGCCGCCUUUGAGGAGGGCUGUCACUGCUGACUCAGCAUUGAUGAACCCUGAAAGCAAAAUCUUGGCGCUCAAGGCUUUGAGUCAAGGGACGAAUCACUUGCAGAUUCUCAACAUCGAGGCUGACUCGGCUAAAAUCAAAUCGUACUGGAUGCCAGAGGAGGUUGUGUACUGGAAGUGGAUCUCCAACAAAGUCCUCGGCCUCGUAACUCUGACAUCUGUUUACCACUGGUCGAUCGAAGGAGAGGGAGCGCCUGUUAAGAUGUUUGAGCGUGCAGCAAAUUUGAACGGUAAUCAGAUAAUCAACUACCGGAGUGAUCCCUCUGUCAAAUUUCUCGCUUUGAUCGGCAUUGCCCCUGGUGCUCCUGAGCGUCCACAACUCGUCAAGGGAAAUAUGCAGCUCUUUUCCGUGGAUGAGCAAAAGAGUCAGGCAUUGGAAGCGCACGUAGCUGUGUUUGCCUCUGUAAAGGUGCCAGGAAACGACACUCCUUCCCUUGUCAUUGCGUUUGCCACCAAGACUAUCGCUGGCGGACAGCUUAUUUCGAGGUUACAUUUUAUGGAGCUUGGUGCUCAGCCAGGCCGCGUUCCUUUCACUAAGAAGCAGGCCGACCUGUUUUUCCCGCCAGCUUUCGCUGAUGACUUUCCGAUCGCCUUGCAGGUGUCCGCGAAGUUCGGUCUGGUGUAUGUCGUCACCAAGCUAGGCCUGCUCUUUGUGUAUGACCUCGAAUCCGCUACACCCGUCUACCGCAAUCGCAUCAGCCCCGGUCCGAUCUUCCUGGCAGCCGAUGCUCCCAGCGUGGGCGGUUUCUAUGCCGUGAAUCACCGCGGGCAGGUGCUGCUCGCCACGGUGAACGAGCAGACCAUCGUCCCGUUUGUCAGCGGCCAGCUCAACAACUCGGAGCUCGCGAUCAGCCUUGCUCGCCGCGCGAACCUCCCUGGUGCCGAGAAUCUGGUGCCGAGGAGUGGUGGCCGAAAGGACGUGGUAGUGGCCAAAAAGAGCGCGGGGAGCCAGUCACCAGCAGUGGGGCGAAGCGGGGAGAAGCAGGGAGAAGCAGCCAGUCUCCGCUUACAGCCCAGUUCUUCCAAUGUGGCCGACCGGACCGCCACAGCCAUUACUCGCCAGAGCCUAGAAGCUUCUUGUGAGGAGCAUCCAGCAGCAGCAGAAGGGGCGGCAGCAGGUGCUGCAGCAGUAGCACCACCACCAUCAGCAGCAGCGGGAGGGGUGGCAGCAGCUGCUGCAGCAGUAGCACCACCACCGUCAGCAGUAGCAGAAGGGGCAGAAGCAGCUGUUGCAUCGGCUGCAGCAGCAGCAGUAGCACCACCACCAUCAGCAGUAGCAGAAGGGGCAGCAGCAGCUGCUGCAGCGGCUGCAGCAGCAGCAGCACCACCACCAUCAGCAGCAGCGGCAGCACGAAGGGGACAAAGCGCUGGUGUUUUGGAAGAGAAGGAAGUAGCACAGCCAUAUGCGUGUCGAGAGUACUCUCUGGCAGAGCUAACCGAGGCCACUGGAGAGUGGGCAGAGGGGAACAGGAUAGGAGAAGGCGGCUUUGGGGUUGUCUACAAGGGAGUGUCUCCUCACAAUUGCAAUCAAGCUUGGGCAGUCAAGCGAGCUCGAGUGCUCACAAACGACUUCCAUAGAGAGGUGAAAUGGAUGGCAAGCAAGCACCAUCCACAUCUCGUCACAGUGGGUGAGACACAGGUCACAGUGGGUGAGACACAGGUUACAGUGGGUGAGACGCAGGUCACAGUGGGUGAGACACAGGUCACAAUGGGUGAGACACAGGUCACAGUGGGUGAGACACAGGUCACAGUGGGUGAGACACAGGUCACAGUGGGUGAGACACAGGUCACAGUGGGUGAGACACAGGUCACAGUGGGUGAGACGCAGGUAGCCCCACUGGUGAUCUCAGGAGCAGUGGCAGAAUUCAAGGACCCUCACUUGGAAGCACCGGAUGAUUUGGUGCUGCGCUUGGCCCGCCUUGCCCUCGCCUGCACUGCUCUGCCUGGGGUUUCCCGUCCCUCCAUGCUGCUAGUGCUGGCCGAGCUGGUGAGGUUGAAGCAGAAGACGUUCGGUGAGCAGGUGAGCGCGGAGGUUUCUGGCAUCGACACGGCAAUUGGAGGCUCUGACUUCAGUGCUGAAAUGGCCCGUGCAAUGCAAGAGGCUGUAGUGGCGGCUCCUCAACUAGCAUGCCAUAGGAUAUGA